GCGCUCAAUUUACUGUAAGAACGUCAUUUCUCUAAGCUGUCCAGUAAGACAGAGAGCGCAGAUAUUCGCGUUUGUGCCGUUAUAGUAUUGUCCCUUUCGUUUCGGCGACUUGGGACAACAUCGACAUUAUUUUAGUGGUGUUGUAACAGUGCGAGCGGCAGGUUGUACUUGUGCUCUUGAAGAACGUCAUUUUUUACGUAAUAACGUUAUUGCCGUCGACAAUGGUGUUUCCACAUACCUCAAGAGGCAAAAGAAUUUUGGCAUUGAUUGACAAGCAUAAUAAUUCACCCAUUGAAGAGGUUACGCCUAAUGAUACCAGCGAUGAAAAAGCUAACCAAACAUCAUACGAGGUGAAAAGUUUACCUAAUGAGAGUAGUUCUUCUUGCAGCUCGUCACCUAAUUCAAAUUCAUCAGCUGAUUCAGACUCAUCAGAUGAAACGUUUAUUGAAGAUAGUGAUGAUUCUGUCAAAGAUCCGAUGUAUAUUCCACCUGAGCAACUUUUUCAGCAGAAACGUGCUGAGUUCAUAGAGACAAUUGAGUGUUCAACUCCAUUACCAUCUACUUCAACGGCAGAUAGACUCAUAACUUUUUCUGAACCCCCUCCUCUCCCUUACCAGCGUAGUCCUGAGUCGCUAGUUGAACAGAGAAAUAAGAAUUACACUGCAACUAAUUUCGAUAGCGUAAACCCAUUGUCAUCAACUUCAAUAGAAAAUAGUAUCAAAGCUUCAUCUCCUGCAAGUCCGAAGGCAAAAAAAGGAAGAAAACGCAAAAGGAAUGAAGAAAAUUGGAAGAGAAAUGUAAACAAAAUGCUGCGAAAUACUGGUAAAGCUUAUAAAAGUGCUAGCAAUAAAAUAAAAGAAGAAAGAAAAAUUAAAGAACCGUGCGGAGAUAAAUGUCGUUUACAAUGUAAAUCUAAACUAUCUGAAGAUGAAAGGAUGUUAUUAUUUAAGAACUACUGGGCGUUAGGUGAUAACAAAAAACAAUGGGAAUACAUUUCAAAGAGUAUGUCAAUCAUUACACCAAAAUAUCGUUAUAUUCGUGAAGGAGGAAUAAGAAAACCUCGUAAUAAGAAUCACGCAUUUCAUUUUAAGUUACCCGAUAAAUCAGUGAGAGUCCCAAAAAAGGAUAUGUGUGAUGUGUGUGCUGCCUUUGAAAACUCUGAUAAUAAAGAAAACCUAAAAGAAGAACAUGAUAAACAUCUGAAGGAAAAAGAACUAUGUCGCGCAGAGAAGGCAAAAGACAAAUUAAAUGAAAAUAUUGUAACAGCGGUCUAUGAUCUUCAGGCUGUAUUUCAAUGCCCCAAAGGGCAUACCCAAAACGAGGGUGAUGCAGCUCAUUCACUAAUAGAAAGACAAGUAAAAAAACUGCUAAAAGCUGGACCAAUGUACACACCAGAAGCCUUUAUCGGUGCUAUAAAAAUGGCUAGAAAAAACCCUGAACCAUUUCAUGUGAAUGAGAUGUGCACAGAAGAUUUUGUUGAUUGGAAAGAUGCAUGCACCCAAAUGGGAGUCAAUUUGACGAAGGACGAAGAAGGAAAUUCAGUUAAGAUUGGAAAUAUAAAAAUUUUGAAGAUUGAAAAGGAUAACCCACGCAUAUUAUUUUACAAGAACUCUUACGGAGAAGAAGAAUUUAAAAAAGCAGAAAUUAUCAGAAAGAAGAAAAGGAUUGACGUAAACGUCAAGAAAGCUUAUGAUUGUAAACCAGGCAUAUCGGACAGAAAAAAAGCAGAUUUGUUAGAUUUAUUAAAUAAAAACUUAAUUCCGCAGUUCUAUGCCCGGUUUUACAAUUCUUUGUAG